UUCCUUAUGAUGGUUGUUACAUUAGAAAACAUUGCAUUCCUAAUUUCUAAUUGGAAAAGCUUACAUCCUAUUUGUGGAUAUCGAAAAUUACUCUCAGUUUUAGUAAUAAUCAAGAUAUUCGAUGGAUGUGUUUUAUCUUUUUACCAGUAAUAAUUAAAUAGGAAGAAUGCUGAUUAAUUUAUCUUGCUGCGAAGGUAUUUCAAUGCAAUUGAGCAGCCGCAUAAACAGCAGAAAUAAACUGGGAUCAAGAAAAUAUUUGAAAGUGAAGUUCAACAAGAGUGAAUAAAUAAGUCAGUAAAAAUGGGAUUCAAGUGGUUUAAGGCUCGUAUGACAAUGAACAGAAUGCCUGCACAUUCAUCUGCAGUGGCAGGUUCCUACAGGACAACAUCGAGUUUUGAUGCACCUGAUUAUGUGUCAAAUAAUAGUAGCACAAGAACUAAGGGUCACAUAAAAGUGGAGAAAAAAUCAAAUCUUAGGCCAGUCUCAAUGCCUGUGUUGAAUAAUCCUCUAGCUGGAAGAACGAGUAAGGAUGGUUCAUUAAAAGGUAUACCGCCAAGCAUCAAUAUAGCAGCACGAAAAUCAUCGGUCAGGUCUACCCAAGGAUUGAAUUCGGAUGAAGAGGAUAAUUAUCAUGCUGUUGAAGUAGGAAAUCCUGUAUUGCUGACAGCAGAUAUGACACAAAAAGACUAUGAUCUAAGUAUUGAAAAAAGCACCCCUAAACCAGUAUCAAAAACACAUAUGGCAGAAUACAGAAAAAAAAAAAACAAAGCACCCAUGCCCAAAUUGAAGUUGGAUAUAAAUGCUACUAAUAGAACAGACCAAGGUGGUGGUCAAUUCAUUUUAAUCAAAAACGAUAGAAAAUCGUCACAUGCUAGCGACAUUGAUGUGUAAUAGAGCUGAGCAUGUUUUAGAAAUAAUUAUAAAGUAAUAUUAUUUUUGACAGAGAAGGUAGCAGACUCAAAUUCCUAAUAGUCAACAUUUGCCCAUUAGUAUUACAGCUGUUGCCUGCGGUACAGCAAAUUAUUAUUUGAUUAUUCAAAGUUGAUCCACAAUUUCCUAGUGAACAUUGUCACAUGAUAAAUUUAUUUGAGAGCUAUAGAUUUGAUGGAUGGUCAAUUCAUUUUUUUCAAAUGCAAGAUAGUAGAAGUUUAAUGAUAUAAUUUUAGAUGCAUAUGGUGGGAGUAUCUGUGGUAUAAGCAAAUGCAUUGUAAUAAUAUUCUGCUUGCAAAAGCCAGUCACAGAUUUGUAAAAUAAAAUAUGUUAAUGAUUGUAUUCAUAUCACGUUGCAUACCAUAUAUUGUUAUUCUACUGCUGCAAAUAAAUAUAGUUUGCCGACGAAAUAUGCCCUAA